CACUAGCAUACGCACUGUAAGCCACACUGCCUAUCCCCACCAAAUGCACACCAACCUAGCACGCGCAUACAGUGUGAGUCACCACGCGUGCCACAGCCCCUCCUUCAGGCUUCAGGUGCCGAGGGGCCAAAAAAUACAGCGUCAGCAGCGGCAGCCCAGCGGCCGAGGCGCCCUAAACUAACAGCCCGCACCUCACUAAGCCCGCUACAGAACGCAUGUGUGGGCACCGCCGAGCGAAAAAUAAAAAAAUUAUUCGCAAACCGUGAUCCUCUCUCCCUUUGCCACGACACACACACGCACACACGCCUCUCCCCCCUACGCUCUCCCUACGCCUCCGUUGCUUCGACAUCUCCAACUUUGCGAUCCCGUCUCAUCGACCUUCGACCGAAUAACCACCAAAGAGUUACAUACUUGCAAGUCACCAUGCCACCUGCGAGACAGUGGGACGAAGAGGACAGCGACUCUAGCUCUGGCGAGUCCUCCACUGUUGCCCAGAACACCACCCGCCGCCGACAGUUUGACGACGAGGAAGACGAUGACGAUGUUCUCGACUCCUGGGAUGCCGCCGAAGACUCUGAAGUAGAACGCGAAAAGGCCAAGAAGGCUGCCGAGGUCAAGGCUAAGGUUGAAGCCGAAGCUGCCGCCAACAAAAAGUCCAAGAAGGAGCGCAUUCUCGAGCACCAGAUGGAGCGCGCUCGCAUUGCUGAUGAGGAGGAUGAGAGUGAGGAGGAAGAGGAUGAGGCUGAUCGCCGCGCCCGCCUCCGCCGCACCGAGAAGGAGUCUGAUCUCCUCCACGCCGAAGAUUUGCUCGGCGACGUUGGUGGCGUUCCCAACGGCCGUACCUCCACUACCUCUGGUGCUGCUGUCAUUAUUGACUCCAAGGACCCCACCAAGACCGUCAACUUCAACACUAUCCCUCUCUUCAACCCUCAGACAAAGACUCAGUUUGCCACGUUGCGCACAACUCUUGGUCCCGUCCUCGCCGCCAACGUCAAGAAGGGUCACUACACCCUCUUCCUUGAGGAGUUUGCCAAGGACCUUGCCCGCGAGCUGCCCUCUGACCAGAUCAAGAAGAUUGCCAGCUCCCUCACCCGUCUCUCCAACGAGAAGAUGAAGGAUGAGAAGGCUGCUGAGAAGGGUGGCAAGAAGACCAAGGCUGCCAAGACCAAGACCUCUCUCAACACCACGCGAGCCAACGCCCCCGACGUCGACACCUUUGAGGACGACGCCUUUGGUGAUGACGACUUCAUGUGAGAGGCGUAAGCAGGAAACGUGAAAAAACAAAUGCGACGCCGCAAUGGAGGUAGAGGGGAGCCGGCAGCAAUGCCAUACAAAAAUUGCCUUCGCCUCAGUUGCGCAAGACACGCUCGCGCUAGCCUCGUUUUCGUCUUUACACUGCAUGUGUUGCCCCAAGGCACACGCAGGUAGUGAAGGAUACUCAGCAGGCCACUCAUUAGAAAGGCGCAUGGUACUUGACAUUUUACAGAGCAUGUCCGAAAAGGAGCGAUGGAAAGAGGAAUGAUGCUUUCCUUGAGAGUUGUUAUUUGUUUGGUCCUUUAUGUUUUGUCCUUUUUAUUUCUGGUUUUGCUUCCUCUCCCAUACUUAGAUAUUUGAUUGCAUGGUACAGCUACGUGGAGGUAAUUACGGUCGAAAUACAUUCUUCAUUGAUU